AUGGACCUCGCAACAACCUGUAGCCGAGUUAACAGCCACGAACUUGACAGAACAGACCAGAAGGAACUGGUGCCCACUAGGCUUCCCCCUAUUAUCCCAGAAGAUGGGAAUUAUUCUGUGCACCAGAAUAGCCACAAAAGGUACCACGAAGCUGUAAAGAAGGUGUUGUUAAAGACAUUCCCCAAUCAGGUCUUCAGAGUCCCCUUGACUGAUGCUCAGAACUUCAGCUUCUGGCGGUCCCAUGAUCCAGGAGUGCGCCCAGAGGAAACCAUGCCAUGGAUCCGAAGCCCCCGCCACUGCCUCAUCAGAAGCCCAAUGACCAGGUUCAUGGAUCACUCUGUUCUCAGUGACAGAAACUUCAGUCUGUAUUGAGCAGGAUGUGUUUGCAGAAGAGCAAGAUGGACCAUGGAAACAGGGCAAAAAAAGAGAAAGUGGGAGAAGGUGUCCUGGUUCCACUAACUGACUAAUAAGAGGAGGGGAUCGCAAAAGCAGAGUAAACAGAUUGGACUAGAAGUCACUUGUGUGCGCUGGAAGUGAAGCAGAGGGAAAUUAUUCCAAAGCCCAAAUUCCUGUGAAACCAGAUGUAUGGGGGCCAGAAUUUGGUGUUUGGUUUGGGAAGGGGCCAGGGUACAGAAAAGACCACCAAGGGGGUCUUGACCUCAUGAAUGGCAGGUGUCAGAGUAACAAGUCUGGGAAGACACACACUGGUUCUCAUGAUGCUGAAGGGUCUAGAGUAGUCAUGCUCUCUGAAGACUGCAGCUUCACCUUGGCAGCGAGAAAACCAGAAGAAGCCCUCUAACCACAGAGGAAAGAGGCUCAGAGCCCUCCAGCAGGAGGCUGCCUCCUAUACCCAGCUCUGCCACUUCUGACCCAACCCAGGGCCCAGAACAUCUUCAGAGAGCUAGGAAUUUUACAAACAAUUUGAUUUUAUUGAUAUUUAAAUAUAUUAAAUAUUUCACUGAAAUACAUGAUACACAACCCUCCCCCCCCCACAGUGGUUACAUUAUAAAACCAAAGUCCAUGGGCCUCCCAUCCGCUGACUCCCCCAUCACCUGGUGAGAAAGGGGGCGAUGGUAGCCCAGGAGAAGGGCAUGGCUGGCACUGUGGUAUGGGGAGUUGGUGUGGACAGGCCCCUCCCACUUGGCAAGAAGCAAAGUCAAGUCACCGAAGACUGAGGUCUUCCCACUCUGGUCUCCUUACACCCUCACCCCCAACCCAGGGCUCCAAGCAGUCCCUUCCUAUCCAGGGAUAUGGCUGGGGAAAGAAAGUUGAUUUUCUGUCUGGACCAACUAGUCUUUUCCCCUCCUCCUGCCAUGGCUAAUGAAGUGCCCGAUGGCCCAUUUGGUUGAUGCAUGAAGAUCCCCCAGGGGAGGCAAUAGGAGCCAAAAACCAGGCCUCUGCAAGGAGCUUGAGUCAGAAAGGGCACGAGGAAGGGCAAGAGUACCACCUAUCCCUUCCAUUCCCCAAACCCAGCAACUCUGGGACCCUCCUCUGUCUCUCUCAUCACCUCCAAGACAAAAUGAUGUUCAAGCAAAAUUCAGGCUAAUACCUCUGGCUUAAAUAGGUACAGACAGAGAAACCAAGGCACCAACUAAUUCAGGCCUGAGGCAAGGAGGUUGCAAGGAAAGGAGUAAAAGGAAGGCAGAGAUAGGAAGGGAAUCUAGAGUCCAACCUUCCAACCCUCCUUUCUAGCCCUUGCAGGCUUCAUGGGCUAGACUGAGACUGAAGGCUGCGGAACACCAAGUUUCAGGUUCCCUUGCCUCAUUCCCUAGUACCAGAAUCUGGGUCCUCAGAGAGAUCCCAUGCUACCUCGGUCCCAAAGUAUACCACCAGCUGGGGAACCCAGGAAAUCCCUGAGCCUCUGCCCACCAAACCCCAGACAGGUCAAGUGCAUGGAGCACUGAGGCUCAAGCAGGUGCUUGGGUCCCUGCCCCUGGCAGGGAGACAGUCAUGGUGCACACGUGGCCCCCAAAUGGCACUUAGGGAUUUGGCACAAAAAGGACUCCUCUCCCCAGGGCCACCUUCUUCUUGCUACCACACCCCAUGCCACUCCUGUGCAACCUAGGCAUCUCUCUCCACCCCUUGAAAUCAGAAACACUUCCUUAUUCCCAGAAGACAGAGGCCCACAGGAGAGAGGCAACCCCGGGUAGAGAGCUGAGGAGGAGCACAAGGACACACACAGACCUGGGAAACAGCUACACACACAAAGGCCGACAUGCACACACAUUACACAGACACACAGGCCCUCCCCAGGGCCAAAGACUUGGGAGGACAGGUUUGAGAUCAGGGUCAUCCUCCUCCAUGCCCUGACCCUUUUCUAUUUGGCAACAGAAUGGGUAGAGAUGCUCUGUGUCCCCUUGCCAGCAGACAGACAGACAGAGCACGGGGGGGGGGGGGGGGGGCAGGGGGGGCAGAGUUACC